GAGGAGGAGAAGGAGAAGGAGGAGGACUACCGCCCCCCCGUCAAGACGCCCCCGGCCGUCGACGACGUGAUCUGUUCCAAGCAUGCCCUCCUCCCCGCUCACCCCCCCCCAGGGAGCGCUCGACCCCGCACAUGGACUUGAAAGUUAAAAGGCUCCGAGGGAGGGGAGGGGGAGGGAAGUCACGACGGGGGAGGGAUGAUUUUGGAGCACUCUGCAUCUACGGCGGCCCCACAAGCACAGCCGACCUAUCGCACUCUCAGCAGCCAGCGCGUCGACAUGAUAAUUAGGUGUGAGGCCACGCCACAAAGGGCUGCGGGGCAGCACCAGAUCCCAAUAACUGUGCAGACGAUGCAAAGGAAAAACCUUCGAAGAGGCUAGCAACCUUUGGGCCCGAAAGUGUAGAUGUGGCCUCGUGGGGCUAAUCACGAAGCAGUCCGAGCUCUUGCUCGAAGCAGGCGAAUGAGGGCACGCUUCAAGGAGCACUGAAGGCCGAACCUGCAAGAAGAGGAAACGGCGGCAAAUUGAUGUCGAGUGGACGUGGACGUUUCCGACACCGUUCAAUGGAAUGCAGAAAUAUUAUCAAUGACACGAAGGAGGAAGACCUCCAGGAAGGGAGAGGGCAGAUGCAGGCAGGGCCGCGGGAGCGCCUCGUCCAGGGCGCCCACCGCACACAUCUGACCUACCGCACGCUUGCAGAGGCUGCACGUUGGGCAGAAGUGCUACGAGAUUAUAUAAAGGGCACCGGCUCUGGGACGGCAGCAAAUCUCACCGAAGUGUAGAAGGGCGCUAAAAGAACGGGCAUGCCUGUUAAAAGACGACGUGGCCUCGAGAGACCACGGAGCACUGCGGCGCUUCGAAAAGUGUGCGGACGAACGCUCGGCUUAGCAGUCUGGAGCGAGAGAGCGAGGAGGGGGCCGAAAGGGACUUGAGAAACAAGGGGGUGGGAUGUCGAGGAGGCUGGGAGGUUGUCCUCAGAACGUCCAGCCUACGGGCACCCUCUGCGGCGACCACGUGACCUGUCGCACCAAGAAGUGCCGAUGCUCUGGCAGCCGGGGCUCUGUGGUCACACGGCAGCAGCGGUCGAGGGGCAGCCACACGAUAUCACACGCAAAAGCACAGCACCAGAUGCCACCCUCCGCGGCACGGGCAGCCUGGCCCCGACGAGGUCACAGACCACCGCUGGUGGACCACUCUGGUGCGGAAAAUUACGGCAAAUGUUCCACCAUCGCUACCAUACGCAGGACGGGGGAGAAGGGAGGAUGAGGAGGUCCUCCUCCUCCUCCUCCUCCUCCUCCUCCUCGUCCUCUUCCCUCGCCAACCUGUGGCAGUGGUGGCAGAACGUGGGCUCAUCAGAAAAAACAGGCGGGACGGACUCGUGGCCCUGAGCUCUCCGAGCACAACUCCCCGGCGGAGCGCGCGAGGGGGGGGGAUGCGCGGCAGGGGGGCGGCUUCCGAAGAGGCGUGAGGGGACAGAGGGGGCGAGAGUACGAGAACGACUCCUGCACCGCACCGUGAUGAGUCCUUCCGCCGCCCUCGAGACCGAACACCUGCGCACCGCGAGGAUGAGAGACGCUGACGUGGCAAAGCGGACACUAGGCGGGCGAGAUCCGCAACCGUGCCUCGUGGCACGUUGAGCCGUGGUAGGAUGCAACUGCUGUCUGGCAGGGGUUCUGUACUCAUCUAAGGGCCCAGCCCCCCACGGCCGCGACUCGCGCGAGCAUCGCCC